AUGCCUAAGCUUCCGUCGGUCUCCGAGUUGAUGGUGGGAGCCCAGCUCUCCUCGGUGCUAGACCGCUCCUCAACCCAUCCCCAAACAAGACAACUGGCCCUGAGCCCUCGUCUGGCUGUGCCAGUAUCGCCUCAAGACAAAUGGCCUUCUCGAGAUCACGCUCCGCCUCCUCCUCCUCCCGUGCCUGCCACUUUGCCCCAUCCUCGCUCCAGAAACACUUCCUUCCUGGGCCACCCUUCAAGACAAACUGACUACUUUCUGCCGCACCCGGGACUUCCACACCUGCUGCUGUACGAGCAGCCGGCCGAAUCGCCAUUACACGUGUCGCCUCGGUCUCAACCUGCGCCGCCUCUGGCUCCUCCGCUGGCGCCACUUCCACAGGCGACUCCUCAGAUCCAGCUGCUCCCGCCCCCACAGGCUCCACAGCGCCCACAAACCCUUCAACAGCAUCACCUGCACCAGCAGGCUCAACCGGCCCAGCCGCAACCGCAGGCUGUUCCUCAGCAUCUUCAGCAUCAGCAUCAGCAUCAGCAUCCCCAGGCUCAACAGCAUCCUCAAGUUCCACAAGGCCCCCUCCCGCAGGGCGGGUAUGGGCCAAUGGUGCCGAUGUAUCCGAUGCCAAACUACUACGGGCUUCCUCCACUUGUGCCUGUGGUGCCUCAAUACAAGCCGUACCCACGUGAAGUUGACCAAAACAACGCCCUCGUGAACAAACGCCGGGUCAUUAAGAGACGUACUCGCACAGGGUGCCUCACCUGUCGUAAGCGGCGCAUCAAGUGUGACGAGCGUAAACCGCACUGUUACAACUGCGAGCGGUCCAAAAAGCUCUGUUUGGGCUACGAAAUGGUGCCUCAGCAGGCUAAGCGCCGCAAUCUGGACAAUCUGGGCAAGGAGAAGGACCGCCGCCUGCUGGUGUACGAUCUCAUGUAA